AUGAAACUCCAGCCCCUUUAUAAAUUUGCACCCCACAGGGUCAGGGACCAAGCGGACAAGGCCCUAUCCAUCCAUCCAUCCCCAUCAGAUCACCUCCCCACACAUCUGUGCGCCACCCGAACGAAAGCUAAGCCACCAGCAGCCAUGGCAUCUCGCGACGCCGCCACCUUCCAGCUCUACCGGCCCAUGGCAAUGCCGACGGCGACGCUCAUGCCCCAGACGAUGGCAAUGCCCGGCUUCUCGUCGGCCGAGGCCGCGGACGACGCCGUGGUGAGAGUGCCGGCGCCGAGAACGGCGGGGGCGGCGAAGGGCGCCAAGGACCGGCACAGCAAGGUGAACGGGCGCGGGCGGCGCGUGCGCAUGCCGAUCGUGUGCGCGGCGCGCGUGUUCCAGCUCACCCGCGAGCUGGGGCUCAAGUCGGACGGGCAGACCGUGGAGUGGCUGCUCCGGCAGGCCGAGCCGUCCAUCCUGGCCGCCACCGGCUCCGGCACCACCCCGGCCGUCUUCUCCUGCUCCUCCGCGCCCUCCACCGCCGCCGUCUCCCUCCUCGGGAAGCGGCCGCGCGAGGACCACGAGCACGAGGCGGCGCCGUCGUUCUGGGAGGCGCUGCAGGCCCGGCCCGUACCCUGGGGCCUCUCCCCGUCGCUGGAGGCGCAGGCGUACGCGUCGUCGGUGGCGCAGGGGCACCACCACCACCUGAACCUGCUCUCCGCGCUCUCCGGCGCCUCCAGGCGGCCAGAGGAGGAGUCCCGGUGA